AAACAUUCUCAGCUGCCUCAGACAGUGGGAGGAGACCUUGGUGUAAUCAAGGAUUCCAAAGAAGCUUAGCUCCCAGCUCUGGACAACGUUUGGAAUUGCCUCUGCCUCCUUCAUAGCUGCUGGUGAGUACUUUCGACUGCUUGGCAUGGAAGACUUUAGGGCCUAAGGUGGGGUGGCUGGCUUCCAAGCCUUCCAUUAUCCCUGGAAAUUCACCACAUGCUACCAUUAAAACUUAUCUUCCUCUCCAGAUUGCCCUCUCAUCCAGCAUAGGAAUAAGCAAGCUGUAGCACUUUCCAAUUAGCAAAUUGAUGAGCAUCUCCCUGCUAAUAUAUGAAAGCAGGAACAGCAGAGGAGAUGUGUUGAGUGAAAACAUAUUAGCUUGGUCUCUGGUAUAGCUUGUUGACUGGCACCUGCUAGCUACUGAACAUGCCCCAGCUGUUUGGGUGGGGCUGGAAAGAAAGGACUCUCCUUCCUUGGAGGUUUUUAAGCAGAGGUUGGGUGGCCAUCUGUCAUGGAUGCUUUAGCUGAGAUUCCUGCAUUGCAGGGGGUUGGACUAGAUGCCCCUUGGGUCCCUUCCAGGUCUAAGAUUCUAUGAUUCCAUGAAUGGGGAGAUACAUUUCUUUUUCCAUCAAAGCUCACAACAAAGUGGUUGCGGCUGAGUAACAGAGCAUCUGCUUUGUAUGCCCCAAAGUCCCAGGUUCAAUCCUGGGCAUCUCCUCUGCUGGAUAAUCAAAUACUUAAAAUACUUUGCCUCUGCUGAUAAAUCAAUUCACGGUUGCCCCAAACCCUGGGGAGCUGCGGCCAGUCUGUGUAGACAACACUGAUCUAGGUGGACCAAAGGUGUGGCUCAACAUGAGGCAGUUUCCUAUCCAAAGGCAGUUGGAGGCUUUUGCAUUUGGUUUGCAAGAAAAAAAGGGAGAUGCUUCAUUUGGCUCCAAGUGAAUGCUGAUGCUUUUUAAAGGGGGAGAUGAACAUUGUUUUACAAGCUGGCAUUGGGGAGUUGCCUGCUCCCCGUUGCUCAUCAUGCACAGUUGGGAGUUCGUUCUAUUAAAAAAAUGCUGUUAAGUUUCCAGCAGUCUCUGUGCACGAGGAGAAAAUGAAACAAUCUCGCACAGAAGACUGGCCUCGGAAAAGGUACAGGAUGCGAAACAUUCCGUGAGUUUCUGAAUGAUAAUUAGAAUGGAGUCUGUGGCUUAAUUGGCUGUUUGUGAGAGAGGAAGAAAAUGAGACAUCAAAGGCAAGCGGCUGGGGGGAGAGAGGAGACAAAUUUGCUGCUUGCAACCAUAUUAGGGAACUUCCAAAUACAGAGAGUUUUAAUUCAUAACCGUAUUUAUACAGUGGUACCUCGGGUUACAUACACUUCAGGUUACAGACACUUCAGGUUACAGACUCCGCUAACCCAGAAAUAGUACCUCGGGUUAAGAACUUUGCUUCAGGAUGAGAACAGAAAUCGGGCUCUGGCGGCGCAGCGGCAGCUGGAGGCUCCAUUAGCUAAAGUGGUGCUUCAGGUUAAGAACAGUUUCAGGUUAAGUACGGAACUCCAGAACGGAUUAAGUUCUUAACCCGAGGUACCACUGUAUAGGAACCUUAUGAGUGUCUGACCAGACUUGGGGGGGGGGGGGCACGAUUUCUGGGGCAACACAAAUCCGAGGUUCGAAAUCCGCGAGUGACAUCAUUUCAACACACGACUCCUGCUGCAUCUCAGCGUUUGACUCUUGGGGAGCCUGACCCUUCUGGUCUCUUCUAAACAAUCCCACACAAGGCCCUUCCUCUCCCAUCCAGGCCUCUUCUUUACUGAUUGAUCCCUGGAUAAAAGUCGAGAGUGAGGGAGGGAAGAGCUAUUUUACCCAUUACGCAGAAAGAGGUGUCUGACUGAGGUGGGAGCAUUGCAGCUGGGGCGUGGCUGGGAGGGGGGCUAGAGACCGGGGUUCCCCACUCCCUCAUUCACCUCAACUGUGGCUGCCCUCUGGGCUAGUCACUAUCUCUCACCACAACCUAUUUUGCAGGGUUUUUGUGAGGAUAAAUUGGACGGGGGAGAGAAACCACACAUGCUGUUGUCUUGAGCUCCUUGAAGGAAAAGGAUUGAUGUGUUGUUAUCAUUUAUUUUUUUUAAGUGAAUUAACUAACUUCCCUAAUGAACCCGCAGGGAUAGGCAAAAACACCAACCAUGCAGGAGACUUGCAGACAAGGGUGAAAUAGUUCUGCGAAGCCCCUUCUCAGACAGAGCUGGUAAUCAGAAAACAAGGAAGACAGCAGUGAAGGCACAAGCAGCAUUCAUCAAUAGAAACAACCUUUUUGAAUAUUUAUACAUUUCAAAAAUGUAUUUAUGGGAAAGCUGUAUACUGGGGAGAGGGGGGGAGGUUUAGGACAAUAGUGCUAAAGCUCUCCCACCCUGACGGACCUCCUGAAAAUUGUUGGGGGUCUCAGCAGGCUACUUAAUAAACUACUUUUAUCCUACAGAUGGAAGAACAUGCAGGAUCCAUACUUCAAUACCUUUCUACUGCGACGGAUGUGGGUGUGUUUGUGAGCCAAGUUCUAGGAAGGCAGGAUGGGGCAGAGAUAUUUUGGGCUGUUCGGCAGCCUUUUUUUGUGCACUGCCUGAACCAAAGCUUGGAAGACCACAGUUUGAGGAGCAGCGUAUUGUAGCAGUUAGAGCAUUGCAGUAGGACUUGGGAGGUGCCCCUGAAUGAUCACAACCUUGAACUCUUUGGAGGAAACAGGGGUUAUACAAAUAAUAACAAUCAAGCAAACCUCUGGCUUAGGAUAGCCACACACUGGCAAAACUGGGCAUCUCCCCCUUCAUAAAUGAAUGGUGGCCUCUAGAAGGGAGUAGGAGAGAGCGAAAACCAAGGUUGCUUGGACAGAACCUUGUGCAGAGCUUGGGAACUCAUCCUCCCUGAUCAUUGGCUGUGAUGGGAGGGGAUGCUGGGAACUGGAGUCCAACAUCCUCUAGAGCUGAGUUUCCCAAACUUAGGUCUCCAGCUGUUUUUGGACUACAACUCCCAUCAUCCCUAGCUAGCAGGACCGGUGGUCAGGGAUGAUGGGAACUGUAGUUCAAAACCAGCUGGAGACCCAAGUUUGAGAAACCCUGUUCUAGAGGGUCACAGGUUUCCCAGUCUGAGAUCCAGUGUAGAAUUUGGAGCAUGGGUGGCAACUUGAAUAAAAUAUGGGGGGCAGGUAAGGCUCACCUCGCACAAUCAAUCACAUGAUGCAGCAUGUGCAUACCAUUUGAAUGGCAAUACCUAUCAACUUUGAGGGAGGACGGCCCUGUCAAAUAUUUUUUUUGGGGGGGGGGCUGAAGGGACCUCGGCCCCUAGGAGUUGGCUCUGGAGAGAGGUAGGUAUAGCAGACCUAGACCUUCAUGUGUUAUGGAUGUAGCCACAGCUGGUAGCCGAGGGGCACAAAUCACAGCAGUUCAGAGUUGAUGGGCUCCUUAGACCUCAGUUCUGUCUCUAGCAAGGCUAGGCAAGGCCUAGGGAAGCUUUUUGCACCCAAGGGCUGCAAUCUCUCCCGGGCAACCUCCCUUGGGCCACAUAUCAGUGAUGGGUGUGGCAGAGGCAAAAGUAGCCAGAGCAACAAAUGGGUUGUUGUUUUUUGCCUUUGUACAGUAGACUACUUUCGACACACAUUCACACACACACACACGGAAUAAGCUUCCUCUUAUUUUAAUUAACUAACGGCUUUCUGGAGAGCCUCCCCCCCUCCAUUAAACCUCACUGCAGUGCUUCACACAGUGGUUUGGCAACCACUCCCUGAACAGCUUGCCUAGGCCGUCUGCCACCGCCAUGACUUUCUUGCCUACUUGUCUGCUGUUCUGUCAUCACACUGAAGUGGGCCACCUACUGGUGGCCCUGUGAACUGCAGCUUGAUAACAGCCUUACAUGUACACACACACACACACACACACACACACACACACAGUAAAACUGAUUCAUUUUUUUACCCACACUGUCAUAAACUCUACGCAAACGAGAGGUACUUUCAUUAGCUCAAAAACAUACUGCUUGAUAUAUCCUUGAUAUUCAUUGUUCCAGAACAGAAUGAAAAAUGCCCGCCAUUCCAGAAAGUUCAUAGAAUCAUAGAAUCAUAGAACUGGAAGAGACCCCAAUGGCCAUCUAGUCCAACCCUCCUCUGAUGCAGGAACCUAAACUUAACAGGAAUUUGCUUGCUUCUGAAACAUGUCACCUUCACCAUUACUGAAAGCACAAAAAACAAUGUGCAGACUUAUUCAGUUUAUUUCUACUUGUUUUGCAUCUCCUUCCAUGGAGGUUUUUAAGCAGAGGUUGGGUGGCCAUCUGUCGUGGAUGCUUUAGCUGAGAUUCCUGAAUUGCAGGGGGUUGGACUAGAUGACCUGAGGGGUUCCUUCAAAUUCUACAAUUCUAUGAUUCUAUACUACUACUACUACUACUAUCACUACUACUAAAUUAAUAAUAAAUUUUAUUUAUACCCUGCCCUCCACGGCCAGAACUAGGCUCAGAGAGGCUAACGCCAGUAAAAUUACAGUAAAAACAUAAUAGGAGGAAAAAAACCAGGUUAAAAAAAUACAGGUUAAAAUACAAUUUAAAAUGCAGCCUCAUUUUAAAAGUAGCCCAUAGAUCAAAACCAUAAGGGGAGGGAAACAUAAGGGUUAGACUGAGUCCAAACCAAAGGCCAGGCGGAACAUUGUUUUCCAUUGUGAGGAACCUCUGAGUAGGAUUUCCAAUUCUGGAAGAUCAGGGAUCAGGGAUUAUAUCUGAGGAAAGGUGGACAUUUAUCAGCCAGCAUAAGGACUUUGCAGCCAUUCAGGGUUUUUCUGGUGCUUUUCAGCGACAUCUCCAACUUCCUUCCUUAGGAAUGUGCCUGCUUCCCCACUGAAUGUCUUUUGCGUCUUAUUUUCUUUUGCAGACAUUUUGGUCCAGGGAACAUCUUUCCUCAAACAGAGACUUUCCAUCACCAUGCAGGCUGCCCUGGGACUUCUCCUCUUUUCUGUGCUUCUUGCUGGAGGUAAUUAGAGACUGGAGAGAUAUCCAGUUCAUUUUCAUGAGAACCAGCCCAAUUUGAACUUUACAAGAGCCUUGAGCUAGCCUUCAAAAUUUGACCCUGUGGGUCUCCACCCCCCACAAUAAAAAAAGAGAAUUGUAGAGUUGGAGGGAACAACUAGGAUCAUCUAUCCCAGUGUUUCCCAACCUUUUCCCGACAGUGACCCCCUUCCAACCUUGUUUUCUUCCUGUGCCCCCCCAUGGGUUAGUCAAGGGGGGCAGGGGGCAGCAGCACCCCAAGAAGUAAUAUAUGGGAGAAUUUUAAAAAGUAAGUGGUCCUCACUGACCUGGUGCAAAAAGAUCUUGUCAUCCGGAGGAGCCCUGACUCCCUAGAUAAAACACUAUAGCCCCACACACCCUUACUUGGGAGUCAGACCCACUGAACUCAGUGCAGCUUUCUUCUGAGUAGACACUUACCGUAUUUUUCGCACCAUAGGGCGCACUGGACCAUAGGGCGCACCUAGUUUUUAGACGGGGAAAUCAAUAAAAAAAUCUCCCCCCCCCAGCCCCAAAGAGCAGCGUACAGGUUGCACACAACCUCUCCCUGCUGGAGGAGUUGUGCGCGGCUAUGGAACAAGCCAAGGCGGCGAGUGGGAUGGAUCCCGCUGGCUGCUUUGGCUUCCUCUUUAGCCCCUCGCAAUGCCUCCCUGCCGGGAGAGGCUGCGCAGGGCUAAAGAAGCCAUAGCCCCGUGCAGCCUCUCCCUGCCGGAGGGGUUGCGCGCGGCUAUGGAACAAGCCAAGGCAGCGAGCGGGAUCCAUCCCACUCGCUGCCUUGGCUUCCUCUUUAGCCCCGCGCAAUCUCUCCCUGUCCAAUGGAGCGAAAAAUACGGGUAGUUAUUUCCUAGAUGCAAGUCAGCAGCCCCAGAUGACCUCGCUUGGCUAGGUGCUGGGGUGGAUUUCUGUUCUGUUGUUCUUCCCAAUGGGAAGGGGGGGGAGGGAAAUUUUAGGGCAUCAUAAUGUCUGCCAUAAUAAUGUACGUUUGUAUUAUGCACAUACAUAAUAAUGUAUGUACUGGGUUGUUUUCCUGGACGAGGGCUGGGAUUACCAUAGUAAUCCCAUAGUAUGAUUACCAUACAGGAUUAUAUUAUAUUUUAGGGCAAAUUAAACUUCCCCUACUUUAUUCCUAGUGGUGAGAAAAGGGGAAAGAACAAAAAUAUGCGAAUGGUUUAGAGGGCUCAGCAUAAUGCCAUCCCUCAUCUCCCAUCAAAAGGCAGUUAAUUGCUCAGUUGUGUUAUCAUUUCUGGCUUUAUUUUACACACACCCUUUUUAUUCCCUUUCCCCAGCUAGUUCUUUGGAAUGUGAAGUAUGCAGCAGUAACGCUAAAACUUGCUCUGGACGAAAGGUGACUUGUGAAGAUAAGAAUGAGGUCUGCCAACGUUUAGUGACUGAAGUUGGUGGUAAGUGAGAGGGAGCCUAAGUCUUUCUCAGCCAAUGGUAAUGCUGUGCUGUGCGUUAUCCUCGGGAAUAUAUGAAGUAGCCUAGUGGGUGGAGCGAUGGUUGAAUGCGGGAAAUGUAUGGUCAUUCAGAUGUUCCUGAAUUCCAACACCCAGCACCCCUGACCCUCAACCAUGCUGGCUGAGGCUGAUGGGAGAUGGAGCCCCAACAAUACAUGUAAGGCCACACCUUCCCCACCAGUGAAGAAAGGACAACUGUGUGGUGAGUCCACCAAUGUCUGGAAGGGCACUGACAUAUAUGGAUUCAAGUUUGGCUCACCUGCGUUUUGCUUCAAAGACAUGUCCCAUUUUAUUUUUGAAUUACAGCCCUUUCCUGGGGUAAGAGGAAAAUUCCAGAGCAAACUUUUCAAAUGCAAGAAGAAUUUGGAGAGAGAGAGAGGAAGGGACUUAUAAUUGCAGUGGGGGCUUCUUCCCUCCUUCCCUUUUCUUUUUCUUUUCAGUUUAAAUUUUUUAUUUUCAAAGUUUUAAAACAAUUUUACACACACACACAUACACGUUUACAUUAAACCACAAUCCAUAUCAGUACAUUUAUGGGGUUCCCUGAACCCCCGGACUUCCCCCCUCCUCUCCCUUGGCUUCCAAAAUUUAUAUUUCUUUUUUACUGCAUCUAAUUACAUUUAUCUAAAUUAUUACACAUCAAUUUUAUCCUUUGUCGUUUUAAAUUACAAGUGCCAUAUCACUCCUGCUAACCUUUUUAAAUGUUUACAGUGUUCCUUAACAUAUUCUAUAAAGUUAUGCCAUUCUUUGUCGAAUUUAUUAUCCUCUUGGUGCCUGAUCUUCCCAGUUAGCCUUGCCAUUUCCACAUAGUCCAUCAUUAUCCAUUCUUCUUUCAAUGGCGUUCUUUCUUCUUUCCGUCCCUGGGCAAAUAAUAUUCUCAGCUUCUUUCCUCCUUUCAUUGCCGCUAUCAUGAUCAUUCUUACCAUUCCCCCCUCCCCCCAAUUGGCGGUGAAGGAGCAAAGAUUUGGCUAAUGCUACAGUCGUUCUGCUUUCCCACAGAACUCUGCCUUUUGAUGCUGACAGCUUGAAUGACACUUAAACGAAAAGAAAACACAAGAAAGAGAAAAAGAUCCCCCUUCCCCUUAGUCACGUUUGCAAUCAGUCUCCCCAACUGCAGACUCAUUCCACACAAACACACAAAAAGGAACUGGCGCCUGUGAAUGGGGAGUGAUCCACAGCCAUUAAUAGCUGGAAUUGAUGUGGAAACAUUUCCCCCACCCCAUGACCACAAAGAAAGUACUGUAAUGCACUUAAGGAUCCUUUUAUGGGAUAUUUAUUAGCAACCUUUAGGGUCAACCCUUCUCAAACUUGCUUCCAGUAAGAUGUCUUAAUGCACAAUGCACCAUCAAUUUCAAAUCCCAAAACAACAGUGCACAUCUUAAAUUUGCCCCGUACGGGAAAGUUGCACAGUCCUUAGUUAAAUUCUGGGAUUUGCUUCCAUUAUGCAGUAAUGGCUACCACUGGGACAGCUGCCCCAUUUAAAGGGGGAUUAAGAAAAUGCAUUGUGCACCCAGCUGUCCACGGCUAUUAGAUAUGACAUAUAUCUAGUACCUCCAGUGUCAGAGACAGCAUGCAUCUGAAUAUCAGCUGCUGAGGAAAACAUGUUGGGAAAGUGCUGUUGCAUCCAUAUCUUGCUUCUGGUCUGCCCGUAGGAAUCUGAUUGGCCAUGGUAUGAACAGAAGGAAGGACUUUGGCUUCAUCUAGUGGGAUCCUUUUUCUGUUCUUUCAAUAAAAAUAAGAUUGAUUUUGAAAAACCCAUAACCAGCAGCAAUAUGACAGAAACACCCAACCCAGUCUCAAAGUAGCGAUGUAGUACAUUUUCAGGGCCGGCUCACCCAUGAGGCAAGGUGAAGUGACAGCCUCAGGCAGCAGACUCCACAUGGGCAGCAGAUCUGGCCUCUAAGGAAUGCAUCAUCUGCUGUUGCCACCACGGUGGUGUGUUUCUUGGAGGCUGGUUUUACCGUCUCCCCGGCAGCCCCCUCCCAAUGCCGCCUCUGCAGAUGCCCGUUGGCGAAUAGGAGGCACUGCUGGUUUCCUCCUGCUCUUGUUCCUGAUGUAGAUCUUCUCUCACACCUUCUUCCCUGACUGGGGGUGGGGGGAAUGGGGACGCUACUGCCAUUUUGUGGUUUGCCUCAGGUGCCACCAUGUCUUGGACUGGCCCUGUGUGUCCCUGUUCUUAGAAACAUCCCAAGGAGCCUUUGCAAUAAAUUCACACGAACACCGUCAUAUCUUGCUGCGAGUAAAAUAAGACGUGUUCUUGUGAUUAUUUCAUGUGGCUCUGAUUUUGUUCGCCUCCUUGAGCAUGCUAUUGAAAAGAAUGGAUGCCAGUGGCAUGGAAAUGUAUUGUCUGGGCCAUAAUGGCUUGGAACAUUGAUUCUGUGGAUAACCCAUCUUUCUUUUCUACAUCCAGGGGCGUUCCACGUCGAAAAGAAGUGUGAGAAGAAGGCUGUGUGUGAGUCUUUGAAAAACCAGUUAGGGAAGUCUGCAACUGGUCAAUUUACGGGAGUAGUCAAUGAUAUUGUGUGUGACAAGGCCCCUUCACCUUAUGCAUCGCUCCUCCUGGCCCUCUCUGGGCUCCUGCUGAAGAAUGUCCUCUUCUAAUGGACCACGAGCAUCAGCUCAGCAUGAAACAACGCUUCCACCGCAUUACUUGCUCGCAUGUCAUCUUCUUUGAACUUGCUCCUUUGGCUUUCCAGUUGUUUUUGUCCUCCUGUAUGAUUGGCUGAAUGGAAAUGAAUAAAAAAAUGAUACCUGGAGGGAGAAAA